CGACGACGCAGCCACGCGCAAUGAAGUUGCCGCACGACGCUCCUCCUUGUCCUCCUCUCCCUUCCCCACCUCCACAAUGGCCUCCCAGCCUCAAGACGGUGGCCAACAGCCCACAGCCAAGGGAAAAGCAAGAGCCAAAUCCAUAGAUGAUGCCACCGAACGCACUCCGCUCCUAUCUUCAGCGGCCGAGUCCAGCGUCAAUGUCGCAGGAGACCGAGAUCUCGAAGCCGUCGCGGAUGCGAGUUCUCAUAGGUGGCUUUGGACGAGGUUGUUCUUCGUGUUCUUUGCCUCCCUUGCUCUAUGCCUCGUCGUUUUCCUUAUCCUCAUCAUCGUGGGAUACACGUAUGCGUCGCGGCUGUCCUCCCUCACCGUGCAAGACUUCAUGGAGCGGGCUCUCGUGGUGGACGGGCCGUAUAGGGUGGACGUGCUAAAUGUGACGGAGAAUGAGGGGAUAUGGAUUAAUGUGGAGGGGAGAGUUGGGGUAGACGCUGGGUCUGCCAUUGGGGUGAACACGGACGACGACGGGGGUACCUUUGGCGAUAUGUGGAAAUCCUUUGGUCGUCUGGGUAUCCAUUACAUUGACCGUGUCUCGGUGGAGCUCUCCCCUCUGACGGUGUCCUCUGCACGUCAACCGUCGUCGGAACUUGUCACCGUUUCACCUGUCCCCAUUGAGCUUCCCAUAACAGCCAAUCCUCCCCGAGACUCCUCGUGGUUGACCAACGUCUCGACGACCCUCCUUGUCCGACCAACAAACAACUCAGUCGAUCUCUUACAGUUUGUCCAAGAUGCAUGGACGGACCACGCAGCGUCGGUCGUCGCACAACUCCCCCGCAUAUUCGUCUCCGGUGGAGGAGUUCAUGACGGGAGUUGGAGGCAGCGAGUCAAGUUUGAGAAGCAGAACGUACAGGCGAGUUUGAGCAUGACCAUCCCUCCUCUCCCUGGCCUCCCUACUCCCGGGGACGACACUCCUCUCCCCAAUGUGUCCAAGUUUGUACAUCUAGAAGGCUUCUCUGUCUCCUCUCAAGGAAAGACGGUUCACCUCGAUGCCAAUGCCUCCGUUCUCAACCCGGCUCCAUCCAACUUCAACAUGUCACUUCCCUCAUUGCCAUUCAUUGUCUCCUUGCCAGCUGGCAAGAACAAGACUUAUAUGCCUAUCGCCUCCGUUAACACCGAUCCCUUCUUCCUCACGCGCCCCAAUGUCUCUCUCUCCAUCGGAGGCAAUGUCCUUCCCCUCCAAGCAGACGCCUCCAAGGCGCUUUCCAACUUUGUUGGUCGUUAUCUCUCUGUUGACCAGAAUCCCAUCGCCAUUUCUUCGCCCCUAUUUCCUGGCCUCGUUCUCCACACCGACUUCCCUUCUCCGCAGCCCAAGCCCCAUAUCAUGCGUAACGUGACCAUCAAGAACAUGAAACUCAAGCCGCUGGGUACGAGCUUUGUCGCCAGCGGCACCGUGUUCGCGCGCAUUGUCCUGCCGAAGGGCAUGGACCUAUCGCUUGACGUCGUCCGCGUUUUCCCGGACGUCAUCGUAUUCGACGGCGAGCCGCCCGAACUCGGACCCAUACCUCCUCUGAGUGCCAGCGACGACGACCUUCCGGAAGUUCCGCUCCCGAAUCCGUUGCCACCCCGUGCCUUUGGCCAUAUCAGACCCGAGCAGUGGUUGAAUGCCAGCAGUGUGCCGGAAGAGGGCGGAGAUGACACUGAAGGCUCGUCGUUCAUUGUGACUGCAGAUAUCGAUGAGGUCCCUGUGGGAGUGCUUCCGGGGCGCGAGAAGCAGUUCAGCGACUUUGUUGGCAAGGUCAUAUUCGGUACGCAGGGCGCCUUGACUGGUCUGCAGGGUGUCGCUGCUGUUGGCGUCAACGUCGAAGGCUUGCCUCUCCCCGGCGCGGCAAACAGCUCCCUUGUAUUGACCGGCCUGCCGUUUAAGGGUGCCGUGAUCAUUGGCAAGAAGAGUAACCCCUUACCUCCUGUUCAUUUCCCACAUCUUCCCGUUCCCUGGUGGUCAUCGUCGGAGGAUGAUUUAGAAUUCAAUCUCUAGGUUAUGUAUUCUAUCUGUAUUAUUAUCAUUCGAGCUGCCAUUCCCUUCGUUGUUCUUCAGUGCUUAUCUGGUACAGCUACAUAUACUCUCCGCAUUGUCAUCUACACGGACACUGAUUAAUCUGCACACACUUCUACACUCG